AACAACGUGCCCCGACCCGACCCGACGCGGUAGAUGGCGGCGAGACAGCGUAACAACUCUCUCCCGCCUCCACUCACUCCCCUCCCCGCUACUUGAACCCACCAAAAUAUCCCACCUUCUUCCGCCAAGCCAAGCCAAGCUGAGCCGCGUCCACCACCGAGACUCACACGAGCCCGCCAGCUGACCUUUCCCCCCCUCCUCCCCACCCGGUCUCCAUCCCCACGCAGCUCAGCCACGCUGAUUGAUUCCUCCCCCAUCGCUCCGUCCCCACGCGGCACCUCCUCGGGCGACCGACCGAUGAAGUCCAUCGGCAGCCGGGACAAGCUGCAAGCCGCGGCGGCGGCGACGGGGCACCGGCGGGUGCUGCUGCUGGUCUUCGCCUCCUGCUUCGCCUUCGCCACGCUGCUCACCUUCCUCUACACCUCCUCCGGCUUCGCCUCCGCCUCGUCCUCCUCCGUCUCGCGCCUGGGCUCGUCCUCGUCCUCGCCGCCGGGCGCCGCGGCCGCUCUGCCGCUGCCGGUGUUCGACGCGCUGGUCCACUACGCCUCCUUCUCCAACGCCACGCACCGCAUGACGGACACGGACAUCCGGGCCAUCUCCGCCAUCCUGCGCGCCCGCGGGCCCUGCAACCUCCUCGUCUUCGGCCUGGGCGCCGAGUCGCCGCUCUGGCUCGCCCUCAACCACGGCGGCCGCACCGUGUACCUCGACGAGAACGAGUUCUACGUCAAGUACCUGGAGCCGCGCCACCCGGGGCUGGAGGCCUACGACGUCUCCUACACCACCAAGGUGCGCGACUUCCGGGACCUGCUCGAGGCGGCCCGCGGCUCGCGCGCCGCCGAGUGCCGGCCGGUCCAGAACCUGCUCUUCUCCGAGUGCCGGCUCGCCAUCAACGACCUGCCCAACGAGCUCUACGACGUGCCCUGGGACGUCGUGCUCAUCGACGGGCCCUCCGGGUGGAACCCCAACUCCCCGGGCCGGAUGCCGUCCAUCUUCACCACCGCCGUGCUCGCCCGCUCCGGCGCCACUGCCGCCAAGGGCCCCACGGACGUGCUGGUGCACGACUUCAACUUCGAGGUGGAGCAGGUGCUGAGCAAGGAGUUCCUCUGCGACGAGAACCGCGUCGCCGGCAGCGGCACCAACUCGCUCGCGCACUUCGUCAUCCGCCCCGGCGGCCCCGCCGACGCCUUCUGCCCCGGGCAGGACAGCCGGGCCACGUCCGAGGAGAAGACCCGCCGCAAGUAAUCGAGAGACCAGAUUGAUUAAUUAGCCACCACCUCUCCUCUCCUCUCUAAUUCUUUCCCCCCUCUCCUCACUUGUUAUUAUCAUUUCUUCUUCUUCUUCUUCUUCUAUUUUUGACAUACACUUCAAAUACUAUAUGUUUUUUUGGGACAAUAAUUGUAACAACAAAGGCUCCUUCAAAAGUGUAACAAUCAAUCGUGACGACAUGAUUGAUCGCCUCGAAAAAAAAGAAAUGAAAAUAGAGGUUAAUUUACACUA